AUGGAGAAAGUUGAAACUUCACAUUCAGAUCCCAACGAUCAUCGCGAAUCUCAUACUUCUCACAGCGAUGAAGAAUCAUCCAUAUCAUCAUCCUCACACCACAACCAUCAAAAUGACGACAUUUCGCGAACAUACUCCCUCGGCGACACAGAAUGGCAGAGCAUCCGCGCCCCAAACACAGGAGUAAGCAUGACGCGAACUGUGUCGCGGCGAGAAUCUGUUCUAUCGCGGAUUCGAUCACGGCCUGUCCCUGUGUUUACGCAUCCUCUCGCGCACGUCAAAACCACAGAGGAUCAGCUCGUUGACUUUGACGGGCCUGAUGAUCCGUACAGACCGAUGAACUGGCCUAACAAGAAGAAGAUCAUUACUACCAUGCUGUACGGGUUGGUUACUAUGUCAGCGACGUGGGCGUCUUCGUCGUAUUCGUCUGGUACGGCGCAAGUAGCAGCGCAUUUCCAUGUCGGCACCCAAACCGCUACUCUAGGCACGACGUUGUUCCUUGUUGGUUUUGGAAUUGGGCCUUUGCUUUGGGCGCCGCUGAGUGAAGUCUACGGACGACGACAGGCGGUGCUCAUCCCAAUGUUUAUAGCGAUAUGCUUUAGCUUCGGAAGUGCCGUCGCAAAAGACUUCCAGACGCUGAUGAUCACGCGAUUCUUCUGUGCGUUCUUUGCCUCGGCGCCUGUCACGAAUACAGGUGGUGUUCUAGGCGAUUUGUUUCUACCGUCGGAGAGGGGAAUUGCUAUGGCGGGGUAUGCCAUGGCUGUCGUUGGAGGUCCUGUUCUCGGUCCUAUUGUUUCAGCUGCUGUUGUGCAGGACCCGAGUCUUGGCUGGCGGUGGACUGAGUACCUUACUGGUAUUGUGCAGAUCAUCUUUUUAACACUGGCUGUUAUUUUUGUUGAUGAGAGUUAUCCACCGAAACUUCUCAUCUACAAAGCUCGACGCCUACGUCACGAAACAGGUAAUUGGGCGCUUCAUGCGAAAUUCGAGGAAUGGGAUGUUAGCAUCAACGAGCUCGCACGAAAGUUCUUGGUCAGGCCCGUUCAGCUCCUCAUGACGCCUAUUUGCUUCCUUGUUGCGUUGUAUGCCAGUUUCUGCUACGGUAUUCUGUACAUGCAACUUGGCGCCAUUCCCAUUAUCUUCAGAGAGAUCAGAGGCUGGGGUAUUCUGGUAUCUUCACUGCCUUUCAUCUGCAUUCUCCUCGGAGCCAUUCUCGGAUGCGGAGCAAACGUAUACAACCAGCUCCUCUACAACAAAGCCUACCACGCAGCUGGAAACCGCGCUGUCCCCGAAAAGCGUCUUCCUCCUAUGAUGGUCGGCUCCGUGAUUUUCAGCGGCGGUCAAUUCCUCAUUGGAUGGACUGCUCAGAAGGAUAUUCACUGGGUCGUUCCCUGCAUUGGUCUUGUCUUGUUGGGAACAGGCUUCUUUACCAUCUUUCAAGCUGCGCUGAACUACCUCGUCGAUACGUUUACUAUGUACGCUGCUUCAGCUGUUGCGGCCAACACCUUUCUUCGAUCUUGUUUCGCAGCUGCUUUUCCGCUGGUGGUUGGACCACUGUAUCAUAAUAUUGGUGUUGGACCUGGGUCUAGUAUCACUGGUGGUUUUGCAGCUUUGUUGAUUCCAGUUCCGUUUGUGUUUUAUAUUUAUGGAAAGAGGAUCAGGGCGAGAUCCAAGUGGUCAAAGGCUUCGGUGUAUGACUGA